AGCCAUUUUGGCUCAAGCCACUUCUGACCCCAGAGCUCGGGCUCCUCGUGGCCGCGCCUACGCCCGCUCGCGCAAAAAGCGCCGUCCCGCCGCGCCCGCCCCUCUCGCCGCCCGCGGCCUUCCAGGCCCAGCCCGAGCCUUCCGCGAUGGCAGACCGCGACCUCGCCGGCUACGACGCGGAGCUCGCGCGCAGGGCGCGGGUGAUCCCUGGACUCGACGCGCGCCUAGUGCGCAUCGAUGCCCGGGCUGGCACAGACAGCUUCCAUGUCCUGCAGGGCCUCAAGGACCCCGAGGCCGAGCGGGAGGUGUCCAAGUGCUGCUACCUCUACCAGCGCUUCGGGAGCACCGGGACCAGAGGUGCAAUCGAGGUGGAAGGUCCGAUGGAGCAGCCGAAGGUGGCGAGGUUGUUCGCCGAGAUCUUCAAGACCAAGACCGGCUCCGAGUUUGGAUCGGUUCAGCCUGGCGACAGGGCGAACCCGGGCAUGCAUUGGCUGCAGCAGCAGGCGACACCGGACCUCAAGGCGCAGUGGCAGUACUACGUCAGCGACGGGGUGGACGGCAAGAGGACAGGCUGGUACCCGUACGAGGGCUCGGCGUCCGACGAGGUGGAGGAGCUCUACUCCCAGCACGUGGCCAACGCGCGCGAGAGCCGCACCGCGACGCGCGUGGUGUCGUCGGGCUACUUCACGUACCACGUGGACUUGGACAACAUGAAGCAGACGAACCAGCGGACGAAGAAGGUGAGGUCCAUCCGGCGCGCGCACGGCGAGGAACCCAGAGAAGGCGGCGCCACCAGCGCAGGCAGGGAGGUGAUGAAGGCGAUGAAGGCAAAGGCAAGGGCCAUGACGCCGAUGGCGGCGAUGAAGAGGUCGGCUAAAGCGGAGGUGAAGGCCAAGAGGAGGCUCAGCAAGGUUGGCACGAAGGCCCAGGUGCUCGCGGGCAAAAGGGAGAAGACUAAGUGGGGUCUGCGGAAGGAGCACCUCGUGAAGAGCAAGAAGGGCAAAACCGUGACCAAAAGGAAGAGCGCCGCUGGCAAGAAGACGUUCGAUCAGAACCUUGCAAAAUGGAUCCUUUCGUUCAGGAGGGCGCGAGCGGAGCUGGGCCUGACUGGAUUCGUGCUUGUGAAGAAGGGCGCGGCCUUGUACAGUAAGACCAGGGAGUACUACAACAUUGCCGUUGGAUCUUAGGAACUCUUCUACCAGGCAAAAAGCUUGCUUGGCCGCUCCAUUCUGGGCUGUUUCUGGGCCAGCUCUGUUUUUCAACGGGCGUGUGCAACAUGCGUUCAUACUUUUAGACUCGGCAGUGCCCAGGCCCACAAGCUGCCUAGGCUUCCCGUGCCCCACCGCCUCUUGGCAGAUCGAUCUCUUCAGAAUUGGAGAUCUUGAGGAUUGAAGCAGAAGUGCAAGCAAUGCCAAUUGUACAGCGGCUGAUGCGGCAGACCACUACCCUUGAGGAGUGCUCGCGUUGAAAA